UAGAGAGUAGACCAACAGCAAUGGCGAACAUAGGGGUUUUGCAAGAGUGGUUCGACCGAGUUGACUCAGACAAAUCAGGGAACAUCACAGCAGUUCAACUCCAGAGAGCUCUUGCCGUUGGAAAUCUACAAUUUCCCAUCACCAUUGUUCAACAAAUGGUCAGGAUGUAUGAUUUUGACAGGAAUGGAACCAUGAGUUUUGAAGAGUUUGUGGCUCUUAACAAAUUUCUUCUAAAGGUUCAACAAGCCUUCUCAGACUUGGAGAGGGACCGUGGGUUUCUUGUUCCUGAUGAAGUCUACGAGGCUUUGCUGAAAAUUGACAUCUCUUUGGAUUCUCCAGCAUUUUACACGGUCUGUGAGAGCUUUGAUAAACAAAAGGACGGAAGAUUUCGGCUGGAUGAUCUCAUCUCUCUUUGUAUAUUUGUACAAUCUGCUCGGAACCUUUUUAAUUCUUUCGAUACGAGUAAGCAGGGCAGGGUGACUCUUGAUCUUAAUCAAUUCAUCUACUGCACUGCAAACUGUAGAAUAUGAAGCACAUAUCAAAAUCCCAGAUGAAGAAUAGCUUAAUUUCUAGAAUGAACCCCCCCCCCCCCCCCCCCCACAAAUAUAUAUAUAGGUGUUAAUGUGUUUCUGUAUUUGUUGUGAUUCAUUUGAUAAUAUUGUUAUAAGGGGGGGUUAUUUGCUGCAUUUUUUUUGACACAAAGAUCGCUUACCUUUUGUUCAAGAAGUAUGCUUGAUGUAGCUUUAUGUUUAAUGUGUGCAAGUGCAACAAACAAGAAUUGCUAUAUUGUGAAAAUGUUUUGAUAUUUGAACUAGACUUUC